AUGGGACCUAUCUACUACAUCGUUGUUGCUUUCCCAUGCACUUUGGGGGCCAUUGCACUGGCUAUGUUGCAUAUCUAUAGGCACCUCCUGAAUUAUACAGAGCCAUCUUAUCAGCGCUUCAUUGUCCGCAUCAUCUUUAUGGUUCCGGUAGGCCCUCUUCUUUUAUAUCGAUAUAUCUUUUAACGUCUGCCAGGUGGUUGUUGGACAAUCGAAAAUUCAAUCAUUUGGUAAACCUGGCCGUCAAAUCUCUCAUGUUUAUUUAGGUCUCAUCUUAUUUAACGCCUUGUUUUGCGUUUUAAGUUAUUUAACAGCAUCUAAUUAUGCCCUUCAGCGUGCCCUCAUCUGCCAUCCCUCUGAAAUGAAUUUCAUAUCUGUUGUUUUCUCUGAAAGGAAGCACAUGAGAAGACAUUUGGUGCACCAUAAAUCCUGACUAGCUGAACUUUGGAUGCAUUUUAGUACAACUCUUUUUCUUAUUUUGUUUACAUAUCUGGUAAUACCAUACUCGUUUUUUCUUAUCUCUUUGUCUAUUGGUGCUUCAAUACUACGUCAUUCCAAAAGGGGAAAUAAUCGUAUCUGAUGGCUUUAUACAUCGUCAUUCCUAUGAAUAACCACUUUUGAAUCUGUUUAAACUCUUUUACAUGGAAUCAAGAUCAUAAUAAGCCUAGCUUGAGUUUGGCAAAUAAUCCCUUUAUACCAUGUGUUAGACUUUUAUCUGUGUUCUGGAGGCUGUAUUAAAGUCCAUUCGGUAUUUUUUGCAUAACACAAACUUUGACAUUCGUGGUGCUAAAGAAUGAAUGUAUGAGAAUUUCAUGGAUUUACCCAUUUAGAUAGUCCAUCCAGCCUAAUAGGAAUAUGACAUAGAUACUCUCAGGUUGCAACUGCAUCAUACCCUGUUUAUAUGGUAAAUAAUAGCGGCUCAAAAGUAAUACUUGGUGAAGAAAAUAGCAGACUGUAUACAUUUGAAUGGAGUCUUAAGAGAGUCUUGGGUAUCACGCUGGAAGAAACAAUGACAGCAUUGCCCCGUGAACAGCUAGGUCAAGUGUUCAAAACUUGGUAAAGAAGAGGUCAAAAGAAGUCAAAUAAAAUGGGGUAAGCCAAUAAUAUAUCCAUUGUAUAACUAUAAGGUCUUGGUUCCUAUUGUUAGCAUGAUGAAUGGAAUCAGUCACAGUGCUAACCUUCUAGUCACCAACACAGCAUGUGAAGAAAGCAUGGAAUAAGCAGAUACGAUGACUGAUAUAUGACUGAUUAACUGGUCUUAUUUACUUUAGCUUGUUCCGGGCAUCCUUUGUAGGUGAAAUGGAGCUGAAUAAAGCUAAAUUUAUGGAUUUGAUGUUUUAUUGUGGUACGUUCAAACUGUCUGUCUGAUGGUAAGGAGUCAUAGGCGGAUGCAAUGAACGAAACGUAGACAUACUUAUCCACUCUUAGUUCUUCAUUCCACUCCAUGUUGUGGACGCAAUCCAACCAGUAAGAUACAUUUUUAGUUGAUCAGUUCUCCCACUGACCUUUUUUCGGCCAUACCUCUUGUUGGAAGCUUAGGCUCAAAUUUUUCGGCCUUACCAUCUAGUUAGUCUGCAUUUCUGUCCAAAAAUUUGUAUUACUGUAUUGACUAGUUUAAUACACCAAAUCAGUCUGAAGGCGUGACUCAUAUGUUAACUUCACCCGCACUAGGGAGGGGGCAGGGUUUGGUACAUGUGUGAUGCUGUGGCGGCUGAAAACCAUUAGUACCAGUGGUCUAAUCUUCAAUAUGAGCAUUCCAAGGCCUUGAUUGGUAGUAGUUUUCUAAUUAUUCGACUAGUGCAGUUUCUAGUUCUGCCCCCAUCAUGCUCCUACUGGAAUUAUUUAUCACCAUUUUUUUACCCAGGAUCAAUCCCUCUUGUCAAUGCAUCCUCCAGCAGUGGCAUUAGCAGAUAAAAUGGCUGUCAUUCACUGCAAACCAUGUUUUUUACUUUGAAAUGUCUUUGUCCAUCUCCCCAGGAUGAUGCUGCGAUGUUUUGUAGUUGGGGAAUAGCCUUUUUCGUUCGCUACUAAUAUUGAUCCCAUCUAAAAUUCAGUGCAACUAUAAGCAUGGCCAAGUCAUCUGUGUGAAGUAUGCUCCCUACCUCUUCUGCAACCCUAAUAACCUCUCCCUCCAGAGGUGCAACUGGACACCAUCAAUAUCUAGUCAUACAUUCAGGGCUCUUCAUCUGUUUGGUCCUAUUUCAGGGUUUCAUCUAUCUGCUGGCACCAUACUGCCUCCAGAGAUCCCACCAAACACGGCUAGGUCUGGUUAUUAAAGAAGUAAUUCCUAUACCUCGUCCUCGGGGGUAUUAAAAUCCCAUCUCUUCCAUCUUGCUGUCAACGAUGCCUGGUACUACAAGAAGACUAUGCAGAGGUACAGAGUGACCUGGUAGGAUGCGAAAUCCUCUGUGAGGCAUAUAAUAUUGUAAAUGUGGAGAUGACCCACGAUACUGCAGACUUGGCACAGCCAUGCAACUGCAGUGAUGGGAAGAGUUGAGGCUGUAGAUAAGUUAAGAGUAGAAUCAGUUUCUAUAUUUGUCUACUGUUUCAGCUGGAACGUUCGGAUUGUUAUAUGCCGAAAUUAUUUGAUUUUUUCGUGUUAUGCUUAACAUACCUCACUCUUGAAGAUCUGUGCUGUAAUGGCCCCAAAUCCAUAGUCAGUUGUGCGAACUUGAAACUUCUUAUUUUAGACUCCCUCCUUUCUGAUUUUUUCGUAGAAAUUCAGUGUUAGAUGCGUCCAUGUCAUCUGUCUAAGCAGCGUUCCCAUUAUUCCUUAUAAAACGAGUUUUUUUUUUGUGCUUUGUUGAUUAUGUCGUCUACUGAAGAUUCAUAGCAAGAACAUUGGAAAGGUUCCUAGUAUGUUAAUGUAAAAUUUAAUUAUCACCGUUGAGAAGAAGUGGGAAGUUUUAGAAGCAUCGGAGAAGUUAAUCUGCAUGAUCACUGUAGAUACUUUAAUUUGAAUGAUAUCUUUUCUGGGUCUUAAUCAGUGAUUUUUUUUCUUCUUCAUGGAGAUGUUUCUCUUUUUCCCAUUCGAUUCCUUGUAAAUCCUUGAAUUUUCUUGUGUGCAAUAUACGGAUUUUCUUGGCAGCCACUGACGUUUAUCUUUUUAUUUUUCUUUCAGGUUUUUGCGCUGAUGUCCUUCUUGUCCCUCGUACUGAACCAAAGCUCGAUUUAUUUUGAUUCAAUUCGUGAAAUGUGAGUACAUUGCGCCUGUCCACCAUGAACAUAAUUACGAGUUAUUCUUGAAAACGAAUCUGCAUCAAUCUGUGAUUCUUACGUUUAAAAUUUUAUUAUUCUCUCGUUACCUAUCAGUGCGGCUUACAUGUUAAAGUUAAGAUGGUGCAUCUUGCUCCAAUGACGAUAAAUGAAACGCUGGAAUUUUUUCGUCAUUCAUGAUAUUACAUAUUUUAUUGUAUCACUAAAUAUUUGACAUCCUUGGUUUACAUAUUGUGCUCUGAAGCAGACUCUUUAACCUUAGCAUUGCUUGGAAAAGACCAGAGUCAAUUCCUAUUAUGACCUGGAACAUUAUAUGGAACCUCAAUUGAGAACCGACAGCAGCUGAAGGAUGGUGAUGGAACUACAUUAUUGUUUCGUAGUAGCUCGUGUGAAGGAGAGAUAAAACUGGUUUGGUUGAGGAAACGGAACUGUUCAUUAUAAAAUUGCACCUGGAAGGAUUUACCAACUUAGCUAAAGUACGUAUCAAUAGAGAAAGAGAAAGGCUAUUCCUGAAUCAGCGAAGCGAUUACCAGAAUUAAUGAGAGUGGAAGUUGCUAAAUUAGAUCUUUCCAAUAAACCCCUAGGUAAAGGGCUGAAGCUCCUGGGACAAGGGUUUUAUUAAAAAGUAAGUGUUAGUUGACUGCUCAGAUAUUGUGAUUACCUUGGAAAAAUAGCACAAUUGUUGUGCACUGUAUGAUGAUCGGUAUGGAAAAAUCACACGCCUCAAUACCAGACAGGUAUAAUUGCCUCAUAAUGCUUUCUGGGUGAAGACGGUUUUCUUGUGAGUGGAUAGUACCAUCUAUUCAUCAAAUAUUUAAUUUAACAGGGGAUAUGGUAGUAUAUCCAAACAAGCUAGCCUAUUGUGUAUUCAUGAAAUACGUGUAUUCAUCUUUAUUAGUAAAGUUGUUAAAACGAUGUGAAGGAAUAUAUAUAUAUAUAUAUAUAUGUAAGAUCUCCAGAGAUGGAGAGGAAAGAGUUCUACAGAUCAAUGCCUGUCUGAGGAAUACCCAGUGGCUUAUUCAAUUCAGAAGUGACCGUACUAACUGAAGAUGACAAAUUUCUGAAGAUCUGACAGGAUUCUGUUUUUGUUGAUGAAAAUGCAAAUAUGGGUAGGCUUUUAUUCGUCUAAGAAUUUCCUAAAAUAUUAAAAUCUUCCGUCGUUUGUCAAAGGAGACUUUCUACGUUUCUACCUUGAUGGAAUUAGAAAGUUGUCCCAGUGUGAAGGACAAUUUCAUUUUUUCCGUCUCUCUACUUGAAUACAAAACUUUUAUGGAAUGUGGUGCUGAAGUUCCUGUGUAAAGGAGUAGUGAUUUCCGUGGACCAUAAUUGAUUCAAAAUUCUCUUACUGUUGUGUUGUUUCCAAUUUGAUGUUUUUUCAGCUAUGAAGCUUGGGUUAUCUAUAAUUUCCUUUCGCUUUGCUUGGCAUGGGUCGGAGGACCUGGUGCUGUCGUGUUAAGUCUAAGUGGUCAAGCUUUGAAACCAUCAUGGUGGCUGAUGACGUGCUGUUUUCCUGCUAUACCUCUCGAUGGGUAUGCUCCUCAAUCAUUCACUUCAUCUUAUUUAUUUACUAGCCAAUUCAUGCAAUGGAAGACAAAAUUUCAGCAAAGCUACAGCACUAAAUAACUGUCCCUGUUGAUGCAUUCGGACCCUUCUGUGGUUGAACAGGCGAUUUAUUCGGAGAUGCAAGCAAGGCUGUCUGCAGUUUGUGAUUCUGAAACCCAUCUUAGUCGCCAUUACCUUCAUCCUCUAUUCAAAAGGAAAGUAUGAAGAUGGAGAUUUCAGCGUCAAUCAAGCAUAUCUGUACAUCACAAUCAUCUACACCAUCUCAUACUCCAUGGCCUUGUAUGCGCUGGCUCUCUUCUACAUGGCCUGCAGAGAUCUUCUUAGGCCGUUCAAUCCGGUCCCAAAGUUCCUCCUGAUCAAAUCUGUUGUUUUCCUCACGUAUUGGCAGGUACCUCCUCUCUUAAAGCUUCUAUUGUGCGCAUCUUCCUGGGGAUUGAUGGGUUCGCUUUCAAGAACCGCCCAUCAUUCUCUCUCCAAACCUUGUUUCGUCAUCUGAGUUGGUCAAAGACUCAGAUGGCUACCUAACCUUGGCCAUUGUCCUCCUCCACACCUUUCAGGGAGUCUUGGUCUUCCUCGCCGCCAAAUCGGGCCUAAUAAAGGGCGCCAAUGAAGCUGCCGACGUCCAGAACCUCAUCCUUUGCGUGGAGAUGCUCGCUGCCGCCGUGGGCCACUUGUAUGCUUUUCCCUACAAGGAGUACGCGGGUGCCAACAUCGGUGGCGCAGCGGGCGGCUUCACCGGGAGCCUCGCCCAUGCUCUCAAGUUCAACGACUUCUACCACGACACCGUCCACCAGGUGAACUCCCCAGACCGGACCAGAGGGCAUAUUGCAGCCUUCAAUCAUCAUCGUCAUCAUCAUCACCUGUAGUGCACGUUUUGAUUGAUCUUCGCCGGCGUGGGGUUCCCUUGCAGUUCGCCCCAACUUAUCACGAAUACGUGCUCUACAACACCAGCGAGGGCGACGAGAGCGCGAGGAAGUACCGGUCGCGGACCUUCGUGCCCACCGGGCAGGAGAUGGAGUCCGUCCGGAGGAACAGGCACGCCGCCGGCACCCGGCUCGACGACACCCAGCUCUCCAGCGUCUCCUCUUCUGGCUGCAGCACUCCAAAGGCGCCCGGGGCAACCCCCGAACAACAGGCGGACCCGGAGCAAGUCAUGGGGUCCUCCCUCCUGCAGGAAGCCUCCGCCUCGGCCGGGCAGCCUUACGACCUCUCGGUGCUGCUCGACAUGGGCAGCUAUCCCGCAAGUGUCCCCGCCGCUGAGCACGGCUCGGGCAAAAGAUGA